AUGGACGAAGUCAACACGACCACCUGCCGAUUCUACGCCAACAAGUACCCCGAGGUCGACGACCUGGUGAUGGUCAACGUCAAGGAGAUUGCCGACAUGGGCGCGUACGUCAAGCUGCUUGAGUACGACGACAUUGAGGGCAUGAUUCUGCUGUCGGAGCUGUCGCGACGACGUAUCCGGUCCAUCCAGAAGCACAUCAAGGUGGGCAAGAACGAGAUUGUGGUUGUUCUGCGAGUGGACAAGGACAAGGGCUACAUCGAUCUGUCGAAACGGCGAGUGAGCGCCGAGGACGUGGAAAAGUGUGAGGAAAAGUACACCAAGUCCAAGACUGUGCACUCGAUUCUGCGGCACGUGGCGGAGAAACACAAGUACUCGCUAGAAAAGCUGUACGAACAGGUGGGCUGGCCGCUGAGCACCAAGUAUGGCCAUGCCUACGACGGCUUCAAGCUGUCCAUCACCAACCCCGACCAGGUGUUUGGCGAUCUGGAGGACCCUGCUUCUCCCGCCAUCAUGGAGGAUCUCAAGGCCCAGAUUGGCCGGCGACUGACCCCCAACCCCGUCAAGGUGCGAGCUGACAUUGACAUCACCUGUUUUGCCUACGAGGGCAUUGAGGCGAUCAAGAAGGCGCUGGCGGCCGGUGAGACGCUCAACUCGGAGCUGGUGCCCGUCAAGGUCAAGCUGGUGGCCGCUCCUCUGUUUGUGCUCACCUCCACCUGUCUGGACAAGCAGAAGGCCAUCGACACUCUCGGCGAGGCGAUUGAGAAGAUUCGAGAGAGCAUUGAGGCGUCCGGCGGCUCUCUGACGGUCAAGAUGGAGCCCAAGGCCGUCACUGAGACCGACGAUGCCGAGCUCGCCAAGCUUAUGGAGAAGACUGAGCAGCAGAACAAGCUGGUGGAUGGAGAUGAUGAUGAUGCUGACGAGGAGGCUGGCGAUUUUGAGUGA